AUGGCGGCUGUGACUGACUCCAACUAUCUCGCGAUCACCGCUGUAGUCACCAUUGCGUAUCAAUUAUCAUUCUUCGUGAUUGCUGCUGGGUUCAAGUUCGAUAAAGUCACCGAUUUUGCGGGAACCACCAACUUCAUUGUCCUCGCUCUCCUCACCUCCUUCCUCAGUGGAACCUGGUACUGGCGGCAGGUCCUGGUGACAUCUCUUGUCGUCAUCUGGGGCCUUCGCCUCGGCCUUUUCCUUCUCUUCCGAAUCCUCGCAUGGGGGGAGGACCACAGAUUCGAUCAGACGCGCAACAACGUCCUGCAGUUUGCCAUCUUCUGGGUUUUCCAGGCAGUGUGGGUGUGGGUGGUGUCGCUCCCAGUCACAAUCGUCAACGCCACAGUCACGCGUAACCCCCCUCUGGGCCCUGUAGACGCGCUGGGCUGUGCGCUGUGGGCGGCAGGGGUGUUGCUGGAGGGGGCGGCAGACCAGCAGAAGCUGCGGUUCAAGGCAGAUGCUGCCAACCGCGGGCGGUGGUGUGACGUGGGCGUGUGGGGGUGGUCCCGCCACCCCAAUUACUGUGGCGAGAUUCUAGCGUGGGUGGGGGUGCUGGUGGUGAGCUCUGCGGUGCUACAGGGGUGGCAGUGGGCAGCGGUGGCAAGCCCUCUCUUCACUGCCACCAUCCUGCUCUUCCUCUCCGGCAUGCCUCUGCUUGAGGAGUCCGCAAAUAAAAAGUUUGGCCAGCGGGCUGAUUAUCUUCAGUACCGUGCCAACACCAGCCCUCUCAUCCCGCUCCCCCCUGGUCUGUACGCCAUGCUACCUCACUUCAUCAAAUUCGCAUUCCUCCUCGAGCUGCCCAUCUAUGCGGAGCAUCUUUCCACUGCCCGCAACUCACUCAUUCAAGACAACCAGUAG